UUCUGAUGGGGAGACCGAGGCAGGAAGCAGAGGCCGGUGGGAGGGGCACAGUGGCCACCACGGCGUGUUCUCUCCAGCAGGCAAGGGACGGAGACGCCUUAAGCACAAGGUCUAGACGGCGGCCCCCCAGACGGCCCCUGGCGUCCUGGCUCCCUGCCACAGACGCGACCCCACAUUCCACGCACGCCUGUCACUUUAAGCUGCCUGGCUGUCCCCUGUGAACCGCUCGGUCCACAUUCUCUGGGUGGAGGGGCGAGGUCCUGGCACGCCCUCCCCCUGCCCGACAGCCUAUAAGGCACAAGGUGGGGAGCUGGGGCCUCGCCGCCCGCCGUCCUCAUGGCCCUGCUGCUCGCGGGGCUCCUGCUGCUCCUGGGGCUCUGGGGGCUGCUCCGAGCCCACACCCGCACCCCCUCCCCAGCCCCUCGCUGGCCCCCUGGGCCACGCCCACUGCCGCUCAUCGGAAACCUGCACUUGCUGUGCGUGUCACAGCAGGACCGGUCGCUGAUGGAGCUUUCGGAACGGUACGGGCCGGUGUUCACUGUGCACUUGGGGCGCCAGAAGACGGUGGUGCUGGCCGGCUACGAGGCCGUGAGGGAGGCCCUGGUGGGCACCGGGUCAAAGCUGGCCGACCGACCCCCCGUCGCCGUCUUCCAGCUCAUCCAGGGCGGUGGGGGUAUCUUCUUCUCAUCGGGGGCACGCUGGAGGGCCGCCCGCCAGUUCACUGUGCGCACCCUCCAUGACCUGGGCGUGGGGAGGGGGCCCAUGGUCGACAAGGUCCUGCAGGAGCUGAGGUGCCUCAUGGGGCAGCUGGACAGCUACGGAGGCCGGCCCUUCCCCCUGGCCCUGCUCGGCUGGGCCCCCUCCAACAUCACCUUCACACUCCUCUUCGGCCGGCGCUUCGACUACCAGGAUCCCGUGUUCGUGUCCCUGCUGAGGCUUAUCGAUGACGUCAUGGUCCUCUUGGGGACCCCCAGCCUGCAGCUGUUCAACAUCUACCCCCGGCUCGGGGCUCUCCUCCAGCUGCACCGGCCUGUCCUUCGGAAGAUAGAGGAGGUGCGAGCCAUCCUGAGGACCCUCCUGGAGACGCGGCGGCCCCCCGCGCCCGGGGCAGGCCCCGUGCAGAGCUACAUGGACGCCCUGAUCCAGCAGGGCCAGGGGAAAGACCCCCACGGCCUGUUUGCCGAGGCCGACAUGGUGGCCUGUGUUCUCGACAUGGUCAUGGCCGGCACAGAGACCACCUCCGCCACGCUGCAGUGGGCCGCCCUCCUGAUGAGCAGGCACCCGAGUGUGCAAGGCCGGGUGCAGGAGGAGUUGGACCGGGUGCUGGGGCCCGGGCGCACCCCCCAGCUGGAGGACCAGCGGUCACUGCCCUACACCAGCGCCGUGCUGCACGAGGUCCAGCGCUCCAUUACUCUCCUGCCCCACGUGCCGCGGUGCAUGGCGGCUGACACCCAGCUGGGCGGCUACCUGCUCCCCAAGGGCACACCCGUGAUCCCUCUGCUGAGCUCGGUGCUCCUGGACAAGACGCAGUGGGAGACCCCUCGCCAGUUCAACCCGGGUCACUUCCUGGACGCCGACGGGCGCUUUGUGAAGCGGGCAGCCUUCCUGCCUUUCUCUGCAGGCCGCCGCGUCUGCGUGGGGGAGAGCCUGGCCAGGUCGGAGCUGUUUCUGCUGUUCGCCGGCCUCCUCCACAGGUACCGCCUGCUGCCCCCACCGGGCCUCAGCCCUGGCGCCCUGGACACCACGCCCGCCCCGGCCUUCACCAUGCGGCCGCCAGCACAGGCCCUCUGCGCGGUGCCCAGACACGGGGGCUCUGCCCAAGCAGACCCGGGGAGGGUCUGA